AUGUACGCGGGUGUGAAUAUUGACAUGAUAUAUGCGCCCGGGAAUGAGGAGUCUAUCAGUUUCUACCUCCAUACAGUCCCGUUCUCUAUAGACUUGAAGUAUACAGCAUUAUCAUAUCUCUGGGGAGAUCAGAGCACCAAGGAAGUGAUAACGAUAAAUGGGCAUCUGUUUUCUGUUGGGAUCAAUUUGUACAAGGCACUAGAAGACUUAUCGCAGCAAGGAUGGUCCCCUAAAAAUUCUCAUCCCUGGGUAGAUGCAAUUUGUAUCAACCAAGAUGACAAUAGCGAGAAAUCCGAGCAAAUACCGCGGAUAGCACGUAUUUAUCGUUCGGCUUCUCGGGAUAUUGUUUCGAUCAUAGCGACGAAUACCUUAACUGAAAAUGUUGUUAAGCUAUUGUCCGACCUAGCUGAUGGUCUAAAGCCCUCCGGCGGAGACAGCUGGAGGCAGCAUCCCUAUGCCUUAUUGAGGAAACUCACGAGACUACCAUGGUUCUCAAGAAUUUGGGUGAGACAGGAGGUAACACUGGCGGCUGAAUGGCCUACUAUGGUAAUCGGCAAAUAUCAAGUACAUAUGCUUGAUCUAUUCAACUUAUUGUCUAUGAUUUCCAAUGAUAGGUUAGUGUUUAGCGAGCCUCAGCUUGGGAGCCUUGCCGAUGCACGGAUGAUGAUUCACGAUACAGAAGCCAAAGCGACGCUCCCACAUGAUCAAGUCUAUGGCUUUCUUGGUCAAGUUUACGCCUUCAUCGAGAAGACUAAUAGCCGCUCCCUUCCAAGCCAGCUGAACCCAGACUACACCAAACCAUACGAGGAGGUUUACCAUGAGUUUGUAGCGUAUAUAUUUGAACAGAACAGAGAUUUAAGACUACUGGAGACAACGUCUCGGAAACUUAGAGGGAUUCCAUCCUGGUAUGACAUGGAUACCCCACACGUCAAGGCCAACCUAAAGCUGUCGAAGUCUAGAAGAGAACUACAAGUAGAAGGCAUUAAGAUUAGUAUCUGUCAAGCACUACUACUGCCCAUGCCUAAAGUUAGCCUAUACGUUUCGCAUCUCAGGGACCGUAACAAUGAUAUAAAGGAAAAAAUCAUCAAGCCAUCUGCAGUAAUCACAAACACGCCCUAUGAAGUAUUACGGGAGAAAUGGUUCGAAAAUAUUUCAAAGGAUGACAGAUCUCAAGGAAAGGAAUUGUACGAAAAGCUGUUGGUUUUCAUUGCGGAGCGGCACAACGAAGAUUUGUCUAAAUAUCGUCUAAGGAAAGAUGAAUCUUCACUUAAUCUCCUCGUAUUAUUAGACAAGAUACAAGUCCUGUUUCAGAAUGGGAAUUUUGGCAUUUGCAAUAGACACGAUGCUGUCAUAGAAAGGGGCGACAUACUUUGUCUAUUGAAAGGUGCUCUUCGCCCUUCAGUUCUUCGCCCACUUGAUGGCGGGUAUGUAUUUGUUUCGUCAUGUAAACUGACCGAUGCUACACUCGAUCAUAGUGUGAGGACGGAUUGGGUUCAACAGCACCACUGCGAGUUCUUUGAUUUAAUAUAG